GGACAUCAGUUGAUUAUUCCGUUCAAAACAAAAAACAAUAUGAAUAGAAUAUUACUCGUGACGUUCGUGGUCGGGUUGUGCGCCUUCGCAUUAGCAACGAAAACGCAGGAUGAAAAAAAAUCUGCGUCCGAAGAUGGAAAAACACAAGGCAAGAGAGGCAUUUUCGAUACCGGCUAUGGUUACGGCUCCGGCGGUUUCGGUCACGAGCUGACCGGUCACGACUACCACCACGAACCACAAGUGCUAUCCAAGACUAUCAUCAAAGAGGUCGCCCAACCAUACCCAGUCGAGGUCGAAAAACACGUACCGUACCCGGUAAAGGUCGAAGUACCCGUCGACCGUCCAUAUCCCGUGCACGUGCCCAAGCCUUAUCCCGUGCACGUCGACAAGCCUGUCCCGUACGAGGUCAAAGUGAAGGUUCCACAACCGUACACCGUCUACAAGCACGUCCCUUACGAAGUCAAGGUACCCGUCGACAAACCGUACACCGUUCACGUGCCCAAGCCGUACACCGUUUACGUCGAGAAGCGCGUUCCUUACGAGGUUACCAAGCACGUGCCUUACACAGUCAAAGUGCCCGUCGACAAGCCGUACACCGUGCACGUGCCCGUCGAAAAGCACGUCCCUUACACCGUCGAAAAGCCCGUACCAUACCCGGUCAAAGUUCCGGUCGACCGUCCAUACCCAGUGACCGUUGAAAAGCACGUACCGUAUCCCGUCGACAAACCAGUACCGUACACGGUCGAGAAACCAGUGCCGUACCACGUGGCACACCCGUACCCCGUACCCGUUGAAAAGCACGUGCCAUACCCAGUGAAGGUAGCUGUGCCCGUCGACCGCCCGUACCCAGUGCACGUGCCAAAACCUUACCCAGUGCACGUCGAGAAACCAGUGCCUUACCCCGUCAAGGUAGCGGUGCCACAGCCGUACCCGGUGGUCAAGGAGAUCCCGGUACCAGUCAAGGUGCCCGUCGACCGCCCGUACCCCGUGCACGUGCCCAAGCCAUACCCAGUGUACGUAGAAAAGAACGUCCCGUAUCCAGUGGAGAAGCACGUCCCGUAUCCCGUCAAGGUGCCUGUCGACCGCCCAUACCCAGUGCACGUACCCGUCGAGAAGCACGUCCCAUACCCCGUCGAGAAGCCAGUGCCCUACCCAGUCAAGGUGCCCGUCGACCGCCCGUACCCUGUAACAGUCGAGAAACACAUACCGUAUCCAGUCGAAAAGCCCGUCCCAUACCCGGUCGUCAAGCACGUUCCAUACCCGGUCAAAGUUCCUGUGAAAGUCGAAGUCCCGGUACCGUACCCAGUCAAGAGCCACGACCACGAUCACGAACAUCACGACUACCACAGCAGCUAUUAACUGAACGAACACAACAUUUAUCGCAUCGAAACGAUUUUAUGAAACCGGAAAAUGGUUACCACUAAUUUGUUAAAUACUAUUAUUUAAUUUUAAUUUUUUUUUUUACUUUGUAAAUAUUAAGAUAUUUUUAUAAUAUAAA